CUGAUUUGCUUGUUAUUCUUUUUAUCGGAUGUUCUGUUUGAAGCUUGGAUUGAAAUUAUAUACGUUUUCGGACUUGGAUUUGAAUGUUAUUCAAUUGGAUUUAUAGUUAGUUGAAUGAAUGUGUGAGGCCCGGAUUUUGUAGGAAUCGGAAUAACAAUUAUCAAGCUUAGGUUUGGGAUGUUUGUGAUUAAAAAGAGUAACGUGGUUAUGGUUUUGAGGGUUUACUGCUAAUUAUUUGGAGUUGAAAUGGGGAAACCUACGGGUAAGAAAAAGUUACAGGCCAGAGCGGAAGAGGUUAUAAAACAGAAUAAAGCAGAAAGAAGUUCGAAACAAAUUGAUGAAGAUACUGCUGUCUUAAUUCAAAUGUCUCAGGAGUUGAAGGAAGAAGGAAACAGAUUGUUUCAAAAGUGUGAUUAUGAGGGGGCAAUGUUGAACUAUGAGAAGGCUCUUAAGUUGUUACCUGCAAACCAUAUAGAUGUUGUGUCUUUACGCUGUAAUAUGGCUUCUUGUUAUAUGCAGAUGGGUAUUGGGGAGUACCCAAGGGCAAUACAUGAAUGUAAUUUGGCUCUUGAAGGAGCUCCCAAGUAUAGCAAGGCUCUGUUGAAGAGAGCUAGGUGUUACAAGGCUUUGAAUAAGUUCGAAUGUGCAUUGAGAGAUGUUAGAGAUGUGUUGAGUAUCGAGCCAAACAAUGUCACAGCGUUGGAGAUUCAAGAUUCGGUGAAGAAGGCGACUGAAGAGAAGGGUUUAAACGUUGAAGGGACCGAAGUUGUUUUACCACCUCAAGAUACAGAGCCUUCUGCAUUGAAGAAGGUCAAAGUGUUGAAAGAGAAGUUGAAAAAGAGGAAGAGCAAUAGAAAUGAGAAAAAGGGUGCUGAAAACGUCAACCAGAGUAAGGCUGAAGGUGAAGAAGUCAAGGAAAUCAAGGUUGAAGAGGGUAAGGAUAGAAAGGUCGAAAAAGUUGGGGACAACAAGGUUAAGAGAGUUAGGGACAAGAGGAUUGGUCUGGUGGAAGUGAAGAAGGCGGAGGCUAAGGUAGUUGUUGAGGAUGAGAAUAGCAUUGAAGAAGAAAAAGCUGUCACGAGGUUGGUAAAAUUGGUUCUUAGGGAUGACAUAAGGUGGGCGCAUCUACCUAUUAGUUGUAGCGUUAGUUUAGUGAGGGAGAUAAUUCGGGACCGUUUUCCCGGCUUAGAGGGUGUGCUUAUCAAGUAUAAAGAUCGAGAAGGAGAUUUGAUCACCAUCACAACCACUGCCGAGCUGAGGCUGGCUGAGGCUUCCAGUGAUCCUCAAGGUUCUCUGAAACUGUAUCUUGUAGAAGUUAGUCCAGAUAAAGAGCCACUUUACAAGGAUUUCACAAGUGAUGGAUUUCCUGAGGCCAGUGGCUUAGUAUCUAGUGUUUCCAAGGAUGGUAAUGUGGGAAAAAUCGGGGAAGUAGAGAAAGUUACUACUUGUGUAGAGGACUGGAUUGUCCAGUUUGCAAGGCUCUUCAAGGAUCAUGUGGGAUAUGAUUCUGAUUCAUAUGUGGAUCUAUAUGAGCUAGGAAGGGAACUGUCGUCAGAAGCAAUUGAAGAAAUUGUUACAACUGAAAAUGCUCAAAAGCUUUUCGAUAUUGCUGGAGCAAAGUUCCAAGAGAUGGCUGCUUUAGGAUUGUUUAACUGGGGGAAUGUUCACUUGAACAAGGCAAGGAAAUGGGUGGUGUUUGCAGAAGAUGGAACCAAUGAAUCAAUAAAAGAGCAAGUGAAGACAGGAUAUCAAUGGGCAGAAAAGGAAUAUGUAAGCGCAGGGAUACAAUACGAAGAGGCUCUAAAGAUCAAGUCAGACUUGUUUGAAGGUUUUUUUGCGCUUGGACAGCAGCUGUUUGAACAAGCAAAGCUUUCAUGGUGCUACACGCUUGGGACCAAACCGAGUUUAGAGGUGGGGCCUCCUGCACAAAUCUUGGAGCUAUACAAUAAGGCUGAGGACAACAUGGAACAUGGAAUGCAGAUUUGGGAAGAAUUGGAGGAACAACGCCUAAAUGGAUUGAGCUUAUAUGAUAAAUAUAGAGACGACUUGAUAAAUUUGGGCUUGGAAGGGUUUCUAAAAGAUAUAUCUACUGAUGAGGAUGCAGAGCAAACUGCAAACUUGAGAUCUCAAAUGUAUAUCUUAUGGGGUACCUUGCUUUAUGAGCGAUCUAUUGUGGAAUUUAAGAUGGGUUUGUCAGCCUGGGAAGAAUCUUUGACAGCUUCAGUUGAAAAGUUUGAGCUUGCUGGAGCCUCACCAACAGAUCUAGCAAUACUUAUAAGGAACCAUUGCUCCAAUGGAACACCUUCUGAAGGUCUUGGUUCCAAAAUUGAUGAAAUAGUUCAAGCAUGGAAUGAGAUGUAUGAUGUUAAAAGGUGGCAGACUGGUGUUCCAUCUUUCAGGCUAGAACCACUCUUUCGGCAUCGGGUCUCAAAAGUACACUCUGUCAUGGAAAGUCUCUGAGACUUUCAUUCGUAUCUUUGGCAUUUCCUCACCACAAUUAAAAGACACCGUAUGAUUUAGACGUUGCUUAGAGCCCUAUGAUUGUCAAGUAAGAUUGCUAAUCCUUUUAACUUUUAUUAUGCUUUCUGUAUAAUUAGGAGUGACUGCAUACUAUUUUCAUCAACUAAUUGCUCAUGGUAGGGAUAUUGCAUGAUCAUCAGAUAUUUAUGCAGUAGUUGGUAUGAGUUGACUUUGUGCAGAAGAGGAAUAGGUCUUUAUGUGGUUAUUAACUGCAUAUCAUAAAAGGCAAUGCUAAUUUAUUAAUCAACAACAAUGCAAUGUUUAGCACUUGUCUGAAAGCUGUUUUAGAGGCAAUGUAGUGAGUGUGACAUUUUAUUUCGAUUGAAUGUAUUAAAUAUCAUCACAUCAACUAUACUAUUCAAAGAGUAAUAAAAGCAUUAGAAGGUUGUGAACAUUUAAAUACACUUGGGUGACGUUUGACACUCUUGUUCUGUUUCAUUUUUAGCUAAAUUCAUAAAUCUUACCCAUUUCAUUCGACCCGUUGAAGGUAAAAUAUAACCCAAGUUGACACAUUUUUAGGUAAAAUGGGUUGAAAUUUCAACCUCUAAUUCUCAUUUUACUUCAUCUAUCAUGUGUAGUGUAGAUGCUGCCUUUUGUUAGCCAAUAGUUUGCUCUAUACAUUCUGAAGCUUGUCAUCAUUUCAUCCUCCCUUUCAUCAAUUAAGAUGAUAUCAUCAGAGGAAAUAGUACACCAUGGUACAGCAUGAUGCAUGUUCUUGUUGAGCUUAUCCAUAACUAAAGCAAAUAGCCAAUGUUUUGCUCUUGUUUUUCAGAAAUCGAUGAUAAUCCAAUACAUGCCAUCUUACGAUGUUCA